GAGACGCUACACGGACCGCAUAUCAACAAUUUAAUAUCUUGGAUUUGGAGAAGCUCUCGGAAAAUGCCAUUGACGUAAGUUAACUUUCAACACGCCCUGCAACUUCUGCGUUAGGAAAGUAUUGGAGGCUGCAUCAGCAACUCGCCUUAUUACUGAAGGAAAACUGUACCCGUCGAGAAAGUCAUUAUCUUUUGAGCCAUGGCUGAAGCGAGUCAUGAACGACCUCGGAAGUCGAGGAAAAGGGCACGAUCAGAUCAAGUCGAUGCUACCAAGCUGGUUGAGUCAGUCAAUGCUCUUCCAGCUACCAGGUUUUUUGAAGCAUAUUACCCGGCGAUAUUGGCAUUAGAGCUGCUGCACGACUACAAGAGCCUGGUGUUCCUGCAGGGAGCAGCUCGCGACGUUUCCAGUGAGACGAUUGAACAAUGUUUAAAGCUCAUCGAGCAAACAAGCGCAGAAGACUACAGGAGCUCCGAAAUAAAGUGGUCGGGCCACAAGAAGCGUAAGGAGAUGAAGCUACCAGACAUGAAAUAUUUCAUCCUGCUCGAACAUCACCAAGUAAUCGGCUUUGUGUCCUUCAUGGUCACCUACGAAGAUGGCUAUGAGGUCUUGUACAUUUACGAGAUCCACUUCACACCCGAGUGGCAGGGCAAGGAGCUUGGGAAGAAGCUCAUGAACGUUGUGGAAGACAUUGGCAAAAAGGUUGGUGUGACCAAGGUCAUGCUAACCGUCUUCAGAGCGAACCAACGCGCAGUUGACUGGUAUAUCAAAUUGGGCUAUGCAGAGGACGAGUUUUCACCUGGUCCACGAAAACUCCGGAAUGGAACAGUCAAACAACCGAGCUACAUUAUCCUUUCCAAGUCGAUGAAGGACUGACUGUAAUUGAGGUUAUAUUUGUCGCACACUCU